CCGGUUAAUAUUCCCCUCUCAAAGUAAAUGGGAUUUCACGUCCUACGACUGUUUGAAGGAUGGAGAGAUUUUCCCUGUCUGCCGCGCUGUUGCUGGUUCUGAGCUGUCUCGGUGUCUCUUGGGUUGAAGCCGACAGCUUGACGGCUCCUGUCAAUGUGACGAUCAAGGCGCUGAAGGCUAACUCCGCCGUGGUGACAUGGGACAUCCCCGGGGGGGAUCCCGUCAUCGGCUUCGCCAUCACCCAGCAGAAGAAGGAUGUGCGCAUGCUGCGUUUCAUCCAGGAAGUGAACACCACUACGCGCUCCUGUGCAUUAUGGGACCUGGAGGAAGAGACCGACUACAUCGUGCAUGUACAGUCCAUCAGCAUGAGUGGGCCCAGCCCGCUGAGCGAACCACUUCGAUUCCGCACACCAAAGGAAGCUGAGCAGCUGGCGUCCAAGAGCAAAGACGAGGUGACAAUGGAGGAAGUGGGACAGACUACCCAGCUGAGGGCGGGGGAGCUGAUCAUCAUUGUGGUGGUGCUGAUCAUGUGGGCAGGUGUGAUUGCUCUCUUCUGUCGUCAGUAUGACAUCAUUAAAGACAAUGAACCCAACAACAACAAGGACAAAGCCAAGAACUCAUCAGAGUGCAGUACUCCAGAGCACCCGACGGGGGGGCUGUUGCGCAGCAAGUUUCCCAAGAACAACAGGAAGCCAUCUGUGAACAUCAUUGAGGUGUGACUGUUCAUCCUCAUGCAAAAAGACUGAUAAUCUAAACCCGGUGGACAUCAAAAAAUAUAUUUAUAUAUGUGAAUCCCCUGUGCUGCUCGGGAUCCUGGGAAGAGCCAGGAUUUCUGGGAGAGUCUUCUCAGCCCACCUUUUGAAAUAGCUGGGUGGAUGUUUAAACUGGGAGAUUCCCUGGGAAAAAGAGCCUUGGCCAGGGGCAAGCAGAAGCUAAAGACCAGGCCUCUCUACGAAAAGACAAUGGUACGACCGCAGGUCCACCACAGGGCCGUGGGGAUAAGCCCUCAGCCAUGGAGAAGCCGGCGGUAAAGCACCUUGGGAUGCAGAUAACAGGGAAAAGACCCUUUUUCUCGGCUUCGUUUUCUUAUCGUUGAACAAACAGCUCUCCCACAUACUAUCACCGAGGCUAGAACGCUUGGGAAAACUGCGCCAAACUUCAAACUGUGCUAUUCCCUUGCUCUGCCUCUCAACAAACCAUCCUUCUCUCUCUCUGUCUCUCACUCACUCACACACACACACAUUCACAUAAACUCCUCUCUCUCAGUAACAAACUAUCUCUGUAUCUCCCCGUCUAAUACACUCUUCUCAGCACACUCCCUCUGUCAGACACUCUUUCAGACACACUCCCUUUCUUUCCUUCGAUUUAUUUAUGUUGUUAUUCAUCACAAUGAAAAACUGAAGCCAGAGACCACACAACAUUUAGCGGUGAUGGGCCAGCUCUGCAGACCUCCCUUGGAUUUCAUCGCUAACAUUCUCCAAACAUCGAGAGGCAUUUUGUCCAAGCGCUAACUUCCUCUCAGGGCACGCAGGGAUUUGUCCAGAGACCGUGCGGCUAAUUUUAGAACCACUCCUGACAUCAGAGAGCAGCUUGGACGCCAAGACUGGAUCACAGCAACACAUCUCAUGAUUGUGCCUAUUCUCUCCCUCCAAGUUUUUCAACCCAAUUGGAGAUCAAAGUCAUUUGUUGUGACAGCACACAUCAAGUACAUCAACUAAAUGUGUCAAAAUUCUCUCCAGCACACUGAGAGAUUGCUGUCUUCGAUAAGCACAUGAUCGUACUUUACAUACAGCCUUCGACACACUAAUGUUUUCAUUGUUAUUAUUAUUUUUAUUUGUUAGUAACAUUAAUUGCAUGGCCUGUCAUUAAAGGUGACUGAUAACGUUCAGACAGACAGAUCCAGUCACAUUAUAUUGCAUUUGCAUUUCUUGAGGUAUGUUUUAAAAACUUUUUAAAGGUACCUAUGUCUGUCACUGUUUUAGCCCUGUCUUACACCCCAAUAGUGAUGGUUUUAUGGGAAAACUUACAGGAAAAAUCCUUUUGGGUAACAGGAACAGAGUGGACAAACAGCUCAGGCUACUGUAAUGCAGAGAACCACCUAGAGUGGGGCACCUCACCUGUCUGGGUCAUCUGUCUCAUGCUUACCCCUACCUGUAAGUCACUGGUCUCAUGACCAGGGUUGACCCUAUCCCAUCUGUCCUAUGUCCAAGCAUACACCUUCACCUGUCUUGCGUUCUACUGCUCACCCUCACCUGAGUUACCUGUCUUGUUCCUGUGUCCAGCAUUCCUCCUUACCUCAGUCCUUUCCUGUGUCCACCAUUCACUGUCACUCACUGUCAGUGAGUGUCCCAUGUUGUGGCAUUCAUAAAACAUACAUCUUUUACCCAGGGAGAGCAGUACACCUUCACCUUCAGCAGUACACCUGCGAUUUGGGCGGAAGGGGUUGAGGAAACUUGAGUGUGCCAUUAUACUUUCCUUAUAACCUCAUCUUAAUCUUUAUUUGCCCUCCACCCACUGAUUUUAUGAUUGAAUAAAGUAGUUGAGUGUCUCAACGUUGACAGAAACCAACUUUCGAUAAUGUGCUCGUAGAUCAACCUCCUCUUGUCUUUAUGUAGGUAUAAUCUGUGCGAUAGUGACCAGGGAAUUUCUCCCCACAGUCACCACCCAGAAAGAAGGGCUUCUAUACAAUAAUUUACAAUUAAAAUACACACAAACACACACACACACACAAAGAGCCACAAUGCCCCCUUUCCCACAUGUGUGGACUCUUUGACACAUCUCUGACAGGUGUUUAAAGGGGUAGACGGGAGGGGUCAGGUCAAAGAGCAACAUCCCCUUUAUCUUCAUGGGGUUAUGGAGGGCUCAGG